UGGGUUCGCGCUGGGGGUGUAUGCCAGACCGAACUCUGAACCGAGCCAAAUCUCGCCGCCGUCAACCAUGGAUCCGAGCCGGCCACUCCUGGGGCGCGGCGCCUUCCUCUCCUCCUCGGCGCACGCCGCCGCCGCCAUCAUCCUCAUCGCCUUCCUCCUCCUCACCCUGCUCCGCCUCCCGCUCUCCCCCUCCAUCUCCAUCUACACCCCUCCCCCCCUCGCCUCCACGCCCCACCACCACCUGCAGCACCAGGACCAUGAAGACCAGGAGCAGGAGGACGCCUCAUCCUGCGACCUCUCCUCCCCGCUGGACUGCGCCGACCCACGCCUCUUCCACCUCAUGAUGCGCAGCGCCAUCGACGCCUUCCCUGCCGUCCAUUUCGCCCGCUUCGGCCGCCCCGUCCCCGGCGACCCGCCCUCCGCUUCCUGCGACAUGGCAUGGCGCGCCCGCACCAACGCCUCCGCCUCCGCCUCCCCCACCGCCACCACCAAGGACUACCGCCGCUUCGCCAUCGCGAGGGACCCACACACCUGCGCCUACUCCGUCACCUCCAUCGGCGAUUACCACUCCGGCCCCAACGCCCGCAAGCCUCGGCCCGGCGCCUCCAACGCCACCGCCGCCCCGCCCCCGCCGCCGCUCUCCCGCUCCCAGUUCGCCGCCGCCACCUACCUCUCCUACCACGGCGGAGGCGACCGCUGCAAGCUCAUGCCACACUACAUGCGCAGCCUCCUCUGCGCCCUCGCCGAGGCGCGCUACCUCAACCGCACCCUCGUCCUCGACCUCAGCCUCUGCCUGGCGGCCUCCUACACAGCCGCCGGCAUGCCUGAGGAGGGCAAGCGCCUCGCCUUCUACUUCGACAUCGACCACCUCCGGUCGUCCGUGGUGAACAUCAUCGAGGAAAGACAGUUCUGGGAAGAUUGGGACAGGUGGGGAGCGCAGGGCCAGCUCGGGCUCCGGCUCAUUGAGGACACCAGGGUUGCCGCCACCAAGUUCUCCAAGGCUAAGGACACCCUGAUUGUCAGGAAAUUUGGGGAAGUCGAGCCAGGGAAUUACUGGUACCAUGUAUGUGAGGGUGAGGCGGAGCGUGUGCUCCCUCCGCCACGCCAUGCCAUACGUCUGGCACCAAGUUUGAUGAGCAUUGUCGAUGAUAUCAUCUUAAGUAUGCAACAAGACUUCGAUUCCGUCCAUGUUGGUGGCAGUGUUGAGGACCUCAUCCAGCGAAUCGAGGAUGGUGUUGAUGUAGGAAGGCAAGUGUACAUUGCCGGAGAGGGGAUCAACACGGUCUCCAUGGAGGUGCUUAAGGCAAAGUACAACAACUUGCGUUACCUGGAUGAGUUUCAGAGGCUCUGGAGAAAAGACAGCAAGUGGUUCUUGGAGAUGAAGAGGCUCAAUGGUGGAGUUCCUGUGAAGUUUGAUGGGUACAUGCGUGAGCUGGUUGACAGGGAGGUCUUCCUCAAGGGCAAGAAGAAGGUCGAGGUGCUCCGCUGAUUUCUUCUCCAAGAUAAGAUGUUGGAGAACACGGCAUGCUUUUUCCAAUUUGCUGCGGGGUGAACGAAGGCACGCCACAAAAAUGACGAAGAAAGACAUUUGGGCUUGCGCUGAGAGCCAAGAGAAUCAGGAAAGCAUAUCUCAUUCUCUGCCCCAUUCCCCCAAUCUCUAGACUCCUGUGCCUGAUACAUGGUCUGCUCUGUGCAUCAAGAUUUCCGUCUUCAUUCAAAAUUUGAACUUAACUAUAGUGAUGCUGAGUAGCAAGUUUUUUUCUUCUUAUCGUUUUCUUGUAUUGUAUCACCUCCAGAUCAGGGAAUCAAAGAGGCAGUAGUACCACCACCGCCUCAUGCUACUGUUGUUUCCAACCAUCAAAGAAGUGAAUGCCACAUCCAGGUUCCUCAGGCUGCUCGUCCCCCAGACAAGCAUGCCUUCUUCGGGGGCAAGCUCACUCCCGUGGUAGUGCAUGAUGCGGCCACACACAUAGAUGAUAAAGCGGCAAGAGGAUCCCCAGGAAACCCAGAAAUUGUUGAUGAUUCCUGUUUCAAGCAUCCACCUGCGAGAGAGUACCCUCGUAGGAGUGGGACAUUGCAGGCAGAAGCAGCCAGCAGGAGAAGUGUACUGGAAAGGACGAGAAAAUUACAACAGGCUCCAUCAGUGGCAAGCUGAAGCCAGCGAACUUACUCAUGCGUCUCAUGGCCUGUGGACCGAGACACCCUAGCUUUGGCUUUGUUCAAGCCUCCUACAAGCCACGGUUCACGACUUCACGUGGCUUGGGUACCCAUUGUAUCUAGAGCUGCCCCCUCUCGGUGCAAUAAAGCCUGGAACUAGUGCUGCAUCCACUAUCAGAGCUUCAGAAAUAGAGAAUUCCAGUGAUGCCACGGGCAAGCUUAAACGCUCUUCUUCGUCUCAGUCACCAGGACAGAUCCUGAAGCAUACGACCCGUUGCAGAGUUUGUGAAGAAACACGCUCGUCAAAAGGGGAUCCGGUUAACUUGUCCAGAAGCAUGAGGGUAAGGAUGAGCGAUCCGUUUUCAGGGAAGAUACCCUCUUCUUUUCUUUUCUUUUUUGAGGGGAAAAGAUACCCUCUUCGAGUGUAGUGUUGUUCGACGCCGAAGAUGAAAAAGUGAUCAAUAUCGAAUAAAGGCUUGCUUCAGGAGCUCCUGUUCUCAUCCACUAAUUAGAAACUCGGCUGCUUCGGUGCCAAUGCAAUGAGUUGGGGGCGCGGUCCGUUUUGGUUGCACUGUCAACUUUUUGUUUUGCCUUUUCUUUUUGGGUAAGCGGUCCCUUUUUCUUCUUUGUUUCGCUGUCAAUAAGUGUACAAGAAAUAACCUGAAGUCCUUGGUGCCGGUUUAGUAGCUAUGACUUCGCUGCUGGCAGUUGUUAGAAAAUGUAAGU